CCUAAAUUCGAAUUGUUUCCACCGCGAAAGUGUCCACGCUGACCUUUGCAAAUUGGUGUUUGCACUCGGAACAAAGGACAUCUUCUUGAGUGCAGAGAACGUUUCCGUUUCAUUGUGGAAGAUGGCGAAAAAGGCGUUCCAGCACCAAGCGGGCACGGCGAUGGAGUGUUUGAGCAUUCCAAUCACGUUAACGAAGGAAAAAGAUAUCGACGAAGAAGGGCGAGAGGUGCUAAAGUGUGGCUUCAAGAUUGGCGGCGGGAUCGAUCAGGACUUUCGGAAGAGCCCCCAGGGUUACACCGACUACGGAAUUUACGUGACGGAAGUCCACGAAGGAAGUCCCGCGGCCAAUUCCGGGCUGCGAAUGCACGAUAAAAUAUUACAGUGCAACGGGUACGAUUUCACGAUGGUCACCCACAAGAAAGCGGUCAGCUACAUACGGAAGAAUCCCAUCCUCAACCUGCUGGUGGCACGGAAAGGCGUCACCUCGACCUAGGAAGUUGCACAUUCCGCGAACGAGCGACACCAACCGAGGAGAGCGAAAUCAACAGUUCGUACACUCGUCAUCCCUCAUUACACGGCAUGAGGAGGGCGCACAACAUUCCCAAUCGUACACCCGGCGCUCCCCGGAAAUGCUCCGCGAAUCGAUGUUUAUUGCAUUAGUUGUUAAGUUACGCGACGCAGAUAAAAGGAGUCGAAUGACGCGAGUAGGCGCGGUUCCAGAGACAGCAUAUGACUCAGGAAGGAUAGGGACGGAACCUUUUGGCGAGCGAGGUGAAUUUUUAUUGCAUAUUUCUAUUGAUUAUUUGUAAGCAUUGUUCUAGGAUAAAAAUCGACGUUAGUUAGUGAACCACCCUCACCGCGGCGGGUGUGCAGCACACGUGGACAGUUUGCAUUCGAAAAGAUCAGUUUUUUCAUGAGAUUUUAGAGCAUUUUAGUGUGAUAGGAAAAUAGAAACUCGCGAAAAUUCCACCACAUUUAAUCCACACUGAGAUCAGCACAUGACAUGAAGUGUAGAGGCCGGACCGUGAUCGUUUCCGGGGUGCGUUUUUUGUUUGCGUAGAUUUAUAUACACUGUAUCCCAAUAGUGGUCGUCGUCAUCUUUAUAUUUAGCUAUUACAAAUUUAUGCCAAAGUAAGA